UUAAUAUGUGUUCUGUUGUGCUUGAUAUUAAGUAACACUACCGUUAAUGUUAGUUAAUAAACUUAGAUAAUCCUGGAUAGGUGUUUGUCUGAGGACAUUGCUGCCACGGCUGCAAGUCUGUGAGGUCUCUCUGAAGUGUUAUGUAAACAGCAUCUACUGCACAGCAAGACGUUGAUGAAGAUACAGGACACAAUGUCGCAUGUGCAGUAAGGCUCACCGAGUUCCACACCUCCAAUAAUCAACUGGUCAUACCAUGAGCAUUCUGUCUAACCUUCAUCAAUGUAUUGCUGUACAGUUGUAAAUGCUUUAUGUUGCCUCACAGACUUGCAUGACACUGUCUUGGUUGCAUUAUACUUAGUCUAGUAGUUAACAUGCAUUUGUAGCUAGCAACUGCUACAACUGUUUGCGGGUCCUAACAUCGUCAUUUGAUGAAGAUUUCUUAAUUUCAUUUUCAACCAUUCCACACAGGUGGAAGUCAUCCUGUACAACCCGAAUGCCAACCUUUUCUCCGUGGUAACGUUUCUGGUGGAGUUUACCUACUACGGGAACGCCUACCCCUCAGUCGUGAUCUCCACACUCCGCCUCUUCCAGACCUCCCAAAUCCUCUUACUGGCCCUGAAGGGAGUCAUGGUGCUGUUCCUCUUCAUCUUCAUGUACAAAGAAGGAAAGCUGCUCAUGGUCCAACCAGUAGAGUACCUGUUGGAGGUGUGGAACUGGGUGGAGCUGCUCGUCAUCCUGGCCGGUUUCUCCACGCUGGGCGUGUACUUCCAGACCCAGUCCGUGAUCGACCAGGUGAGCAAGCCCGGCGGCCACACCCAGUUCUCUGUGUACCGCCGUGCGGCCGGCUGGGUGGAGGUGUACACCUACGUGACGGCCGGCCUGAUCUGCUGUGUCACCCUGAAGCUGGUUCGGCUGCUCAGGUUCAACAAGGUGGUGCAAGUCCUGUUCCUUACCAUCAAAACAUCCUUCAAGCCACUGGCUGCCUUCAUGCUGAUGGCUGGUAUCGUCAUGAUGGCCUUUACCCAGCUGGGCAGCCUGCUGUUUGGCUCUAACUUGGAGACGUACAGCAGCAUCGGCAGCAGUCUGGCCUCCAUCUGCCUCAUGACCAUCGGCAGUUUUGACACGGCAGAGCUGACGGAAGUGUCAUGGAUCUAUGGACCCAUUUUCUUCUUCCUUUUCCAGGUGAUCAUGCAGUUUUUCUUGAUGACCAUGUUUAUGGCCAUUCUGAUGGACACCUAUGCAGAUGUGGAUGGAAACACAGAGACACAGAAGUUGAGGAUGAUGGCGUACAUGCGGGAAGAAAUCAUCACUAAAAAGAGGAAGAUGCAUCAGACUGUCAAGAAGGAAAGGAGACCCCAAGACAUCAGCAGGUUGGAAAUACGCCAUGUAAACCUGCGAGUAGAUCUCAGUGUAUACAGAAAAACCUUUGACCAUACCAGCAAUACCCUUGAGUAUGGGGAAAAUAACUAAAAAGUGGGUAUCUCAUUGGUAUGGACUGCAACUAGUUGGAAUAUUAGGGGGUUGGGGGUGGUCAUGGAAACAUGAAUAAAUUUAUCAAAUAAUACAAACGUAAAUCAACAAAACACAUUGUAUCAACUGAUUUCCCAAAUUCACUGUCCUAGUUUGCAAAUCAAUCAAAAUUCAAGGCUGUUAUAUGCCAUAUCUAUGAGUCCUAGAAGAUGAAGGACCUUGUACAGCUUCUAGGAUGCAGUUCCUGGUGGCCAGUCCUGAUACAGCAGGUGACCUUCUCGCGCAGUCUCUGCUUACUCUUGUCACUAUCUGUGAGUUAAGGAUUGCCAGCAUGGCCCAGUGACUCUCUCUUAGUGUGAGCAACACUUUCAAUGUGUUUGACUUUGUUAGUAUUUACUAGUCAAUUGUACUUUUAAAAAAUUGCUGUUGCUGUGCAAACAGUAGGUUAGAAAAACUACUAAGAUCAGUUUCUAACAGUGUUACUUACUUGUACAUAGGACAUAUGUGUUAAAUAGAGCAUUUCAAAUGAUUCCUCCAUUUUGCAAGCAAAUGAAGAAGGAACUUAACUGUGUACAGCUUUUAUUUAAACCCAACCAAACUUUUUACCAAUAGAUUGGUGCUGAUCAAGACCACAUCCAACCUACCAAUAAUUGUGGUUGGGUAGAGUUGGAGGCAGGGUUGGGGGAUAUGAAGGAUGUGUGACAUAGGCUUUACUUUAAGAGGUGUAAGAAUCAUGAAGUUGUGAAUAAUAACAGAGGCAGUCAAUUGCUCCUGAAGUCAUUCUUUAUUAGAUACCAGAGCCUGUAAACAAACAGCAUCAUACUAGGUUGAAGCAGUGGCGACCAUUUUCAAAGAGCCCCACAUAUUAUUACCGUGUGCGUCUCUCUCGUGACUAAACGAUCACUGAAGGCAAUAAAUAAAACUAAGUGGAUAAUGGAUAGUAUUAAUAUACAUUCUUCACACUUUUUUCUUGGAAUUGCUUGUGUUUCUGAUGACACAUCAAGUAGACAUAUUUCUGCAUUCUGAUGACGUUGUUGACAUUUUCAGGCUUGCUACAAGGGUUGCUUUGAAGAGUAGGGAGGCUUGCCUAGCCUUGUACAUGUAUAUACACUAUGGCUCAGUCCACUCAGGCCUGAGCAGACUCUUUUGUAAUUAUCAUAGCUGACUCUUUUGUAGCUAGGCUAUUUUGGUGCUGGCCAAACUGAACUUUUUUUGAAAACAAUAAAAGCUUCUUCACAUUCAAUUGUCUGUAGGAUAGAGAUUCUGCUAGAAAUUUCAUAACAAUGGCAAACUGUGGAGAACCAACUAUAGAGCAGGAAGAUAAACAAUGACCAGCAUGCCUGAACACAUGUAACAGGCAACUGCUUCAUUUGAUAGCCAAAGAGUCAGGUGAAACUUGAUUAAUAGAAUUAUGUAAUUGUGUGAUUCACUUUGUGAGAACUCAAUAUUUUUGUAUGAAGUCCUCUCUAGCACAUCUGCCAAAUUGCAGCUGACAUGUUGAGAUAGAAGGUCCUAGCAAAAUUAAGGACGUUAUAUAACGUCCUUGGUCCUAGCUAGGCACUGUUUUUUUUUACCCUUGUAAAUGUGUGCCUUCAACUCAGGUCAUCCGUGGACCACCUCACAAUGUUAAAAAAAGGAGAAGAAAGAUUCAGUUGUGACAAAGAGCAAAGAAAACUAGUAAUCCAAAGCAUUUCAAUAUCUGUAGAGCAUUGCCCAGGCCUUCCUUUUUCUAAGCAGAAAACUCAAUAUAGCCUGAUGUACGUCCACAAGUAACUAAAUACAAUGAUAAAGGUAAACUGCCUGUGCAUUGUGUUUAAAAAGUCUAGCUCUUCCCUGCAGAAAGGUUGAUAUAGGGAUCAAAACAGCAAUGCCUCCACCACUCUCUUGCAACAACUCCUAAGCUCAGUACCACCACAAUGUAGACUUCAAACUCCUCACAUGAAGGCCACACUUCUCCGGGAAGCUCCCACCAUGAAGGGUUCUACACAUUGAUUUGCAUUCCAUGAAGACUUAAGUAUAUCCUUGAAGCAGCAUCCAGCACUUAAUUCACUGUCGGUGGUCAAGUUGUGCCAAGGGCACAUAAAUGCAAGAAGAUUUAGCUGA